UUCGUGUUUUUCUGCAGGCUCUUAAAAAUUGAAUAUGACGGGUAAAGGAAUGCCGAGUGCGGGUUACAAAUGGUUGAAGUUGCCACCUGUGAAAUUCAAGAAUGGAUUCGUGCUUUUCAAGAAUGGUCGGCAACCUGGGAAAGAACCGGUUCAGUACAGGCUUCGAUUCUUGCCGUACUUGAGCGACACGGUUUCCAGCAAGGGGGAAAAGAAUUCAGACGUUUUUUGCAUACAAGAAAUGGCAGUGAUGCUGUCGUGUUUCAAAAAGCACGACUUUGCGGAUGAAAUGUGUUCCAAGGAAAUUUCUGGCUUCAGAAAGUGCUUCGACGAUUCUCUAAUAAUGACUGGAAUGGUGUUAUUGGCUGUUCGGGAAGAAAACUUGAUGAAACUUGCUGAUAAGAAUCAGUGCGCUUCGGGUUGGGGAAAUUCGACAAUGUCCGGAUUUAGCGAUGAUUUAUUUGACUUUUGUGAUGACGAUGCCAUGCGUCCUAGUGCUUUCGACAACAAGACCAGUGAGGACGUGAAAGGAUCGUCUAAAAGUCUCGGAGAUGUUCUGCGAGAGAUCACCGACAAGACGGACGAACCUAUCGUACCCGUGCCUCCUAAACGUCAGAAGCUUGAGGAACAGGCAAAAUUUGAUUGGUCGCUCUUCAAGGAUCGGAUACAGGUUCACGAGAUCGAAUGUCCCGAAGGAAUGCAGCAUGAAGCCGUUUAUCCGCCUGCCAUGAAAUUCAAGUCUUUAGUGCCUCCUACAGUUCGAGCACGGGAAUACAAAUUCAAACUAGAUCCAUUCCAAAAUCGGGCGAUCAUGUGCAUUGACAAUUUGCAGAGCGUGUUGGUUUCUGCACACACUUCUGCCGGAAAAACUGUUGUCGCUGAGUAUGCGAUCGCUCUUGGGUUGAAGAAGAAUCAGCGAGUUUUGUACACUACUCCGAUAAAGGCUUUGAGUAACCAAAAAUUUCGCGAGUUCACCGAGGAAUUCAGCGACGUCGGGCUUAUGACUGGAGAUGUGACGAUAAAUCCGAAUGCCAGCUGUCUCAUCAUGACCACUGAGAUUUUGCGGAGCAUGCUUUACCGUGGAUCAGAAAUUCUGCGAGAAGUUGGCUGGGUGAUAUUUGACGAAAUUCACUACAUGAGAAACAAAGAGAGGGGUUACGUGUGGGAAGAAACCAUUAUUCUCCUUCAAGAUGAAAUCCGCAUGGUUUUCCUUUCGGCGACUGUUCCGAAUGCGAGACAGUUCGCCGAGUGGGUCGUCAGUUUACACAAUCAGCCUGUUCACGUUGUGUAUACCGAAUAUCGUCCCGUACCAUUGCAACAUUAUGUCUUUCCGUAUGGCGGCAGAGGACUAUUCCUUGUGGUGGAUGAAAAAAAUCGGUUUGACGAGAAACGUUUUGCUGAAGCUAUGGCAGAAUUACGACCAGAUGGUGACAACGAAGUCAGCGCCAAGAAAACUGUGAAAUCAAAGAAUAAGGACGUGAUGGAGAUCAACAGGCUGUUGCAAAUGGUCAUGGAACACGACUUGGCUCCCGUCAUAGUCUUCAGUUUUGCGAAAAGAGACUGCGAAUUGUACGCCCUGAAAGCUGCCGAGUACGAUUUCAACACAGGCGAGUCCAAAAAGGAAAAGGAGUUGGUAAAGCAGAUUUACAAAAGCGCCAUGGAAGUGCUUAGUGAGGAAGAUCGAAAACUGAAACAAGUGAAGGAAUUCUUGCCGGCUUUGGUGAAAGGCGUAGGUGUUCAUCACGGAGGUUUGCUGCCAAUCCUGAAAGAAACAAUUGAAAUUUUGUUCGGUGAAGGCCUCAUCAAAGUCUUGUUUGCCACCGAAACAUUUGCAAUGGGAUUGAACAUGCCUGCGCGAACGGUUGUUUUCACAAGCGCCCGGAAGUUUGAUGGUCACGAGCAACGAUGGCUUCACGGUGCCGAGUACAUUCAGAUGUCUGGCCGAGCUGGUCGUCGAGGAAAGGACGACAAAGGCGUCGUAAUUCUCUCAGUGGACGAGAAAAUGGAUGCCGCAGUGGGUCGUAAUUUAGUGCAAGGGAAUCCGGAACAGCUCACUUCUGCUUUCCAAUUGACGUACAACAUGGUAUUGAACUUAUUACGGGUCGAUGGGAUCAAUCCGGAGUUCAUGCUUCAACGGAGCUUUCAUCAGUUCCAGUCGUAUGCGAUGAUUCCCCAGGUUUUGGCUGGUAAUCAGGAGCGUCCGCCGUCCGGACUGUCCGGCCGGACAGUCCCGCCUAGUCAGGACCGCCUAGUCAGGACCGUCCGGUCGGACAUUCCUGCCGCCGUCAGGACUGUCCGGGCCCCAGUCAGGAGCGUCCGGCCCCCAGUCAGGGAUGUCUGGGUACGCUCCCGACUGGCGGCAGGACGCUCCCGCCUGGGGGCCGGACACUCUGGACCGUGGGUCGGACGCUCCCAACUAGAAUUGAAGCAAUACGAGGAGGAGUUCGAGUCCAUCACUGUUGACCGAGAAGAGGAAUUCGCGUCCUACCACCGAAUUCAGAAAACUUUGGCGGAACACAAUGCCAAUUUGCGGGUUUUGAUGAAAUUACCCAAGUACCUUGUACCCUUCCUGAAUCCUGGGCGUCUCAUAGAGGUCCAGCAGUGCCCUGGUAAAUAUUUCGGCUGGUGCAUGGUAGUGUCUCUAAAAAAGAUAGAGCCUGAGAAAAGCAAAAGGCGGAAAAUGGACGAAAUUGUUGUGGAAGAGCCGAAAUAUGAAGUCCACGUGUUGCUAAGAAUGAAGAAAGAUCAACAGCCGCCGGUUCCGGCUGGUCCCAGAGACGUGGCCGUAAAUGAAGUUGUUGCUGUUUUCCUCCCGCAAAUUCUUCGUGUGUCAACCGUGAAAGUCCCGGUUCCGAACGACCUGACGCACAGGGACAGUCGAGCGAAAGUCAUGCUGAAUAUCGAGAAUGUCUCUCGCCGUUUCAAAGGGGAACUCCCCGAGCUUUCCGCCAGCAACAUGAAUAUCAAAGAACCGAGCUACAACUCGUCUAUGAAAGCCAUCGAAGAGUUCAGCUCCCGACUCAAAGCCCAUCCACUCUACAACACACCGAACGUCGAUAAACUCUACCAGCAAUUCCUCGCCAAAACAAACGCGCGGUUGAAAGGACUAGAGGCCAAGAAAAAGCUGCACGAGGCCCAAGAGCUCAUCAAGAUGGAAGAGCUGCGGAAAAAGAAGCAGGUGUUGCAAUCCCUGACUUAUUGCUCCAAAGAAGGUGUGUUGGACCUGAAGGGCCGAGUGGCGUGCGAGCUGAGCACCGCAGACGAGUUGUUGUUGGCGGAGAUGUUGUUCAAUGGAGUGUUCACGGAUUUGUCUCCUGCCAACACAAUGGCUGUUUUGUCGUGCAUGGUGUGUGAUGAAAACACGAAAUCGAAGGAGUUUUCUGGGCUCUCCGAAGAGCUCUCUGGUCCCCUACGUCAAGUGCAGGAUCUGGCCAAAAACUUGGUCAAAAGCUACAAAAGCGCAGGGCUGGAAGUAAAUCCGGAUGAUUACGUAUCUCAGUUCAAACCGCAUCUAAUGACGGCCGUCCAUGCUUGGUGCAAUGGCGCAAGUUUCGCGAAGGUGACAACGUUGACGGACAUUUUCGAAGGGAGCAUAAUUCGAUGUAUGCGACGCCUGGAGGAACUUUCGAGGCAAAUGAUUCAAGCUGCCCGUGGCAUCGGCAACAAAUCGCUGGAGGAUAAAUUCGCAGAAGGCAUCAAGAUGCUGAAGAGAGACAUUGUGUUUGCAGCCAUGUCACCAGGACCAGUCGGUUCGGUUGGGCCAAUCGGUCCGCCGGGUCCCGUUGCACUGCCUAAUCCGAUCGGUCCUCCCGCUCCAAUCGGUCCCCCUUCAACUUCUGGCAACAUUCAUGGGCCCGUUGGCCCACCAAGAACUUCGUCAUCCUCUGAAUUUGGAGCCAGCAAUGCUGUUUCACUGCGUACCUCUCCUUGCGAGAAUCAAGGAGCAUUCACGUGUCCGAGGCGGCCGAAUAUCGGUAAAGAUGGAAAGCCAAUCGCUCUACGUGCCAAUCAUUUCCAGAUCAACAUGCCAAACGGGUUCAUCCAUCAUUAUGAUGUAACAAUUCAGCCCGACAAGUGUCCUCGGAGAGUCAACAGGGAGAUUAUAGAGACCAUGGUUAAUGCGUACGGGAAAAUAUUCGGAACGAUGCGUCCGGUGUUUGAUGGCAAGAGUAACAUGUACACCAGAGACCCACUGCCUUUGGGGAAGGAUAAAGUGGAACUAGAAGUGACUUUGCCCGGUGAAGGAAAAGAUCGGGUAUUUUGCGUUUCCAUGAGCUGGGUGGCUCAAGUGUCCCUGUAUGCGUUGGAAGAGGCCCUUGAAGGAAGAAGUCGCACAAUACCCCUGGAUGCCAUGGCAGCGAUGGAUGUGGUAGUUCGGCAUUUGCCAUCCAUGGCCUACACUCCUGUUGGCAGAAGCUUCUUCUCGUCGCCGGAAAAUUAUUAUCACCCGCUAGGAGGAGGCAGAGAAGUUUGGUUUGGUUUUCAUCAGUCAAUUCGUCCUUCUCAGUGGAAAAUGAUGCUCAAUAUUGAUGUUUCUGCGACAGCUUUCUACAAAGCACAACCUGUAGUGAAAUUUUUGUGUGAAGUUCUGGAUAUCAUGGAUAUCAAGGAUCAGCGGAAACUGCUCACCGACUCACAACGCGUGAAAUUCACCAAGGAGAUCAAGGGUCUCAAAAUUGAAAUCACUCACUGCGGCAACAUGCGGCGGAAAUAUAGGGUUUGCAAUGUCACUCGCCGUCCAGCGCAAAUGCAAUCAUUCCCGUUGCAGCUGGAUAGUGGACAAACAGUGGAAUGCACGGUUGCGAAAUACUUUUUGGAUAAAUACAAGAUGAAGCUCAUUUACCCGCAUUUGCCGUGUCUUCAAGUGGGACAGGAACACAAACACACCUACUUGCCGUUGGAGGUUUGUAGCCUGGUGGCUGGCCAGAGAUGCCUCAAAAAGCUCACAGACAUGCAGACUUCGACGAUGAUCAAAGCCACUGCCCGAUCGGCCCCCGAUCGAGAAUCCGAAAUCAACGCUCUGGUGGACAAAGCCAACUUCAACAACGACCCCUAUGUCAAAGAAUUCGGGCUCAACGUUGCCAGCUCAAUGAUGGAGGUCCGUGGACGCAUUUUGCCGGCGCCGAAGCUUCAAUACGGCGGCCGGUCUCGGCAGCAAGCCUGUCCCAGUGCUGGUGUGUGGGACAUGCGAGGCAAGCAGUUUUACGCUGGCGUCGAAAUCAAAGUUUGGGCAAUUGCGUGUUUUGCCUCGCAAAGAAUGGUUCGGGAAGAAGCUCUUCGGGGUUUUACGACGCAGCUGCAAAAAAUCAGCAGUGACGCGGGGAUGCCCAUCAUUAGCGGACCGUGUUUCUGCAAAUACGCCACUGGUCCGGAUCAGGUCGAACCCAUGUUUCGUUACUUGAAGCUCAACUUUGAAGGACUCCAACUCAUAUGCGUUGUGUUGCCCGGGAAAACUCCUGUUUACGCUGAGGUGAAGCGAGUUGGAGACACACUCCUCGGGAUGGCGACGCAAUGCGUGCAGGCGAAAAAUGUCAACAAAACCUCGCCUCAAACUUUGUCAAACUUGUGCCUGAAAAUGAACAUAUUCAACGAGCCGGUGAUCUUUUUGGGGGCGGACGUGACGCAUCCUCCAGCCGGUGACAGCAAGAAACCGUCGAUUGCUGCAGUUGUUGGCUCAAUGGACGCUCAUCCUUCUCGUUAUGCUGCCACAGUUCGCGUUCAACCUCACCGACAAGAAAACAUCCAAGAACUGUCCGCCAUGGUUCGAGAUUUGUUGAUUCAGUUUUAUAAGUCGACAAGGUUCAAGCCGAAUCGGAUGGUGUUGUUCCGUGAUGGGGUCAGUGAGGGACAGUUUUUGAACGUGCUGCAUUUGGAACUGGCUGCAAUAAGAGAAGCGUGUCUGCAACUGGAACAGGACUACAAGCCUGGUGUGACGUACGUGGUGGUGCAAAAACGUCAUCACACGAGGCUGUUCUGUGCCAACAAGAUGGACCAGAGUGGACGAUCAGGGAAUAUUCCAGCCGGGACUACAGUUGAUAUCGGAAUCACCCAUCCCACCGAAUUUGACUUCUAUUUGUGCUCUCAUCAGGGAAUCCAGGGAACGAGCAGACCAUCUCAUUACCAUGUUUUGUGGGACGACAAUCAGUUCGACGCCGACGAAUUGCAGCAAUUGACGUACCAAUUAUGCCAUACGUACGUGCGUUGCACGAGGUCCGUGUCUAUUCCUGCUCCUGCUUAUUACGCACACUUGGUGGCGUUUCGGGCUCGAUAUCACCUGAUUGAGAAGGACCCGGACAGUGGAGAAGGUUCUCAGCAGUCAGGAAACAGCGAAGAUCGAACCCCCACAGCAAUGGCAAGAGCAGUGACCGUCCAUCCGGAGACCACCAAAGUCAUGUACUUCGCCUGAAAAAGAUGAGCCAAAAAAUCGGAUUCAAGACGAAUGAAAACCGAACCCGAACCUUUAUUCUUUUGGGCAAAGAAUCAAGUUGGGAGUUCACUUUUCGUCGUUCCUCCUUGCGUUGUGAUACGAGGUGGAAUUGUGUGUGUCUCUUGUAUUGAACAUUCCUCGAAAGAAUUGGCUCCCCCCCCCCCCCCCCCCCCCCUCUUCCUCAUCAUCCACCCCAAAUUUCCUUUUUUGGCUUAGUUGAAGAAAUCCCCGUUUCCAAUUUUCUUCUCGAAAGAAAAAAUGUGAGCAUGGUUGGAAGGUUCUGGAAUCAUAUUGAUGUCUGUGAUCAGCUAAAGAAACUUUUACGACGGAAGGAAUAUCGGAUACUCGUAGGAACUCGUGUUGCCAUUUGCCAAAGAUUUACCGGGGAAAGGAAAAGUCGGAACGGAAUUCAUGUCCAAAACGGAAGUGCGCUAGUCGGAAACAAAACCCGGAAAAAAAAAGAAACCGGGAAGCAUUUGUGUGGAAGUGUUUUGGGAAUAUUUUCCUUCGUUCAUAUCAUCACCUUUUUUCAAUUUUAUUUUUAUUUUUUGAUAUCUUGGCAAGAGAUUUUUCAUUGUCGGAUUCUGUACCGUGAAGGUAUUCACCGUAUUUACACAAAUAUAAAGCGCUUUUUCUCAGAAAUUUUGAAGGGAAAAUUAGAGCUUGUCUUGGAAUAGAUAGCAUUUUUGAUUAUAAAACAAAAUGUUCGUCGGUGGAUUUUUGAAGCAUUAAAAGCCUCAAAGAUAAUAUAAAAACUAAAUGAGCAUCCUCCUAAUGCUGAAAAUACUUCUAAAGCACUUCGUGAACUAAAUUCUGAAAAUAUGAAGCGUGAGUUGAGAAAAUCGUAGGUACAUUUGUCUUGAAUACUUGAUGUUUGGGGUAAUGAUAUUUGUAGAAAGAUUAAUAUCAAUUCAGACAAGGGAAAGCUAGCUUUUUUGCAGUAUGUUCUUGAAACAUCUCUUUGUACAGUAGGAGUUUCUCUCUGUGUGGGGAGUCUGAAAUUUUGUAGUUGAUAAUCUUUGUUUCAUUAGUCGAAUGAAAUUAAGAUUUGAAGUAACAUAGUUGCCAUUUUAUAUUUGUCUAAAUACGGUUGCAAUCCGCGACGGAAAAAUUAGAUAAUUACCGUAUUAUGUGGACUGUGUUGAGUUGAGAUUCGAGUGAAGAUGUCCAAUUCUUGUUUUGAAUUUGUAACCUUUUCAGAUUGUCUGAAAACUUUUGCUUGGCAUUGCUUUAUGGGCAGUAUUUUAGUGUUGUCAGUAUAUUAUGAAAACCAGUCAGCAGUCAGCACCUUGACAAAAUCGUUGCGUAGAUUAUCAUAGCACAAGAAUACGACGAAGAAAAUCCAAAUAGUCAAGCGACGAAGUUCAAAAACUCGUUCAUUUCGUAUUGUUCAAUUUUUUUGUAAGGAGCUGAAUGUCAUCCCCAUGUUUUGAAAAGAAAAAAAAAACGUAGGUGUUGUGUCUUCCCGAGACGCGAUUUGUUUUGUUUUAAUUUUUUUGCGUUAGAAAAAAAUCGUUUUUUCUGGGUUGUUGAACAAAUUGUUGGAAUCUGUGUGCUUUGAUAUGCCACGAAUAGUUUUGAUCUUCCUUUCCGAAAUGACGCAUUAAUCAUGCAAACACGAUAUUUGCAAUUGUUGGAACGUA